UAUCUUUCUCUCGAUAUCACAGAGACAACGAGAAACAGAAAAAAAAAAUGAAAAUGAGCGAGAGGUGAGAUUUUGUUCAAUGCGAUUGCUUCCUUUAAUAAUGGCGGUGUAUGUACAUUGUUUCUCGGCCUUUCCGUUUUAAAGAUAGAAAAAAAAAAGGAGAACGGUGUUUCUUGUUUUGUUUGUACUAUUCGGAGAGGAAGAAAAUGAUACAGCGGCGGAGGCGGAGGAUGGUGGCGGUUGAUAAGCCACGGAAGAUACUAGUGUGCACCGCAUGCGUCAUAGCAUUGGUGGGACUGCUUACGGGAUACGUGCGCGUCUUCCCUUCUCCCCGAGCAUCUAAUUCAUCUGAUCCUCAUAAGCUCCCUACGCAACAUGAAUUUAAUUACCAGAAGUUAAGUGCAGAGAACAAGUGGACGGAGGAGGUGGCUCCGCCUCAUUUAUCAGAACAGCAAUCUUCGCCGCAUCUUCCCAAGGCUCCUGUUUCAUUGCACAAGUUCAAUGGUGCCGGUGGAAAUCUGGAUUCCGAGAAGUUGUGGAAGCUACCGGAAGCUCGUGAUUUUGUGCCCUGCAUACAGCCUAGUUCUAAUUAUACAACUCCUGAUAAGACAAGAGGUUAUCUUCUAGUUCGUACAAAUGGCGGUCUCAGCCAAAUGAGAACUGGGAUAUGUGACAUGGUAGCUGUAGCCCGCAUAAUAAAUGCUACACUUGUAGUUCCAGAACUUGAUAAACGAUCAUUUUGGAGAGAUACUAGCAAUUUCUCUGAUGUUUUUGAUGAGGACCACUUUAUUAAUGCUCUGGCAAACGAUGUUAAAGUUGUGAAAAAACUUCCUAAGGAAUUAUCUUCUGCUACCAAAAUCGUUAAGCAUUUUAAAAGCAUGUCUAGUUUCAAGUACUAUCGGGAUGUGAUAGGUAGCCUGUGGGAAGAAUAUCGGGUUAUUCGAGCUGCUAAAUUUGAUUCUCGCCUGACGAAUAACGAUCUGCCUUCAGAUAUACAAAAGCUUCGUUGCCGUGCUUGCUAUGAAGCACUUCGUUUUGCACCCCAAAUUGAAGCAAUGGGAAAAUUGUUGGUGGACCGGAUGAGGUCUUAUGGUCAUUUCAUCGCAUUGCAUUUACGAUUCGAGAAAGACAUGCUUGCCUAUAGUGGAUGCACGCAUGGUUUAUCUAAUGCUGAAGCUAAAGAGCUGGAGACAAUUAGAGAUGAAACUGCCAAUUGGAAAGUCAAAGAGAUUGAUGCCACGGAACAGAGAUAUAGAGGACAAUGCCCCUUAACCCCAAAAGAGGUUGGAAUUUUUCUCAAUGCUCUCGGAUUCCCGUCAGAGACCCCCAUAUACAUUGCUGCAGGAGAGAUAUAUGGGGGGGUUACUCAUAUGGCUGAUCUACGAUCUCGCUAUCCCUUGUUAAUGAGCAAGGAAAAUUUGGCUUCUGUUGCGGAGCUCGAACCAUUCACCAACCAUUCAUCUCAAAUGGCUGCUCUUGACUACAUUGUAUCUGUUGAAAGUGAUGUCUUCAUUCCAUCCUACUCCGGAAACAUGGCGAGAGCAGUUGAAGGACAUCGCCGUUUUCUGGGACAUAGGAAAACUAUUUCUCCUGACAGGAGAGGGCUCGUUCAUCUAUUUGGACAAAUCGAGAAGGGUUUAUUGAAGGAAGGCAGCAAGCUUUCGAACCGGAUCAUCGAAAUACACAAAAAUUUGCAAGGAUCACCUCGGAGGAGAGGAGGCUCUGUUCCAGGAACAAAGAGCAUGGAGAGUACUCAUUCCGAAGAAGCGUUUUACACGAAUCCGUUACCCGAUUGUUUGUGCCGGAGGGCAUCGCAGAAUGUAAAUACAUCUAUCAGAGAAUCAAAUAGAAAGGUAGAUAGGUCGAUGCAAAAAGAGCAAUUGAAGGUCCUCUAAAUUGUUUAAUGGUACACGAAUGGGGAUUGCGGAGUAUGUAUAUCUCGAGUUUUAGGAAAUUGAUUCCAUUUCAACACAUAAGACGCCUGAUUGUGUCGUCCCGGAUAAGUAUAACAUAGGAUAAAACUGAAGCUGGGAAAUUCAUAUUGCCUCGGGCUAUGAUUUGUCCCCAUUCUCGUUUAUCUAUUGAUUUUUAAUUUGGCAUUUGUAUAGCGACAUCGUUUCUAUUUCAUUCUUUCAAUUUCUUCCAUUUUUGCACUAUUUAUAAG